GCCUGCCCGCUACUAGAUCCGCCCGCGUCCUGUGCUCGUCCGUGUGCUCUCGUCCGCUCCAAUCAUCUGGAAGCACUUUGAGCAGGGUCACGUGCACGCGUUCCACUACCCGGCGGGCGCGACGCGUCUAUAAAAGGCGGCAUUCGUUCUCAACCUGCAACAUACUUUUCUCCUGAGCCUCCAUCCCGCCCUGCUGCUUCACAGCGCACGCACCUAGCAGACCAUCACUGAACAUCUGUAGACCUUAGACAUGCCUUACUCUGCGCAUAUUCUCGAUGACGCUCUCGGAGCGGUGGGGAACACCGCGCUCAUCAGGCUAGACAGGAUUGCCAAGCAGGAAGGCAUAGAGUGCAAUUUGCUCGGCAAGCUUGAAUACACUUCCGUUGGUGGGUCCGUGAAGGACCGCAUAGCCAAGCGGAUGGUCGAAGCCGCCGAGAAGGAGGGCAAGCUCAUCCCCGGGUACAGCGUCGUCAUAGAGCCCACUUCGGGCAACACUGGAAUUGGCCUUGCGUUGGCCUGCGCCGUUAAGGGAUAUUCUGUGAUUAUCACGAUGCCUAACAAGAUGUCUCUGGAGAAAGAAGCUGCCCUGCGUGCACUAGGCGCGGAAGUUGUGCGGACGCCCACGGAGGCAGCCUGGGACGCACCCGAGUCCCACAUAGGAGUUGCGCGAAGACUUCAGCGAGAGAUUCCGGGAGGGAUCAUCCUCGAUCAGUAUGCGAACCCGAACAAUCCGCUCGCCCACGAGCUCACGACUGGCCCUGAGAUCAUCGAGGCAGUCGUUUCUACCCCAGGCACCGCAGAACACCCGUCGUCGGGCAAGGUUGAUGCCCUCAUCGCAGGCGCAGGCACGGGUGGGACCAUCACUGGCCUCUCGCGCGCCAUCAAGAAGGUGCACAACAAAUCCUGCAUCAUCGUCGGCGUCGACCCCAGAGGCAGCAUACUCGCGCUCCCCGAGACGCUGAACACCUCCGACGCAGGCGCGGCCUACGUCGUGGAGGGCAUCGGGUACGACUUCGUGCCGGACGUGCUUGCGCGCGGGGAGGUCGACGCGUGGCUGAAGACGUCCGAUGAGGAGGCGUUCGCGGCGGUGCGCAAGCUCAUGCGGAGCGAGGGCCUCCUCGUCGGCGGGAGCAGCGGGAGCUCGCUGGGCGGGGCGCUGCGGUGGCUGAAAGAGGACCCAGAGGGGAGGAGGAUCGCCCGGACGAGGGGAGCGAAUGUCGUCGUGCUGUUGCCUGACGGGAUCAGGAACUACAUGAGCAAGCCGUGGUUCCUCAAGAUGGCGCUCGAGGCGGAGCCGACGCCCCUCGCGGAAACCAUCGCGAACAUCCUGAAGCCCGGCCAGCCGGACGGCGGCGCGGACGUACAGAUUGCGAGCGUGAACGGCAUCGCGAAUGGCAUCGAGCGUAUGCAGGUGGAGGUGCCGGACCGGCCUAAUGCGAAGGACGAGAAGAGGAAGUGAGGUAGAGUGGAUGUGAAGUCCAACGAGGCUCUUCUUUCCAGCCUCUCCGAUUGUUUCCAGUGUCUAGAUAUCGUUCUCGCUCGUCUCGGACUGCCGCGUAUCGCCCUGUAUCAGCUUAGACCUCAGAUUAUUCACAUGUUCCCUGCCCGUGGUUGACUCGACACCAGCGAAGCGUUGGUUGCCGUUCUCGUGUAAAUGUUGACCUCCGGGCCCUCUGCAAGGACGCGUCGC